AUGGGCAAACCUAUCUUUUGUUGUUAUGUAUUUAUUCCGAUAUGCAGAAGUAUAACGUUUCACUAUUCAUAUUUUUAUACAUUUGUUCUAGGGUGUAAAGAUAAGGGAUUCCGUUUCUUUCUUUUUUUUCCUUCUUCUUCUUCUUCCCACCAUCUCCAUCUUCUUCUUCUUCUUCUUCUUCUUCUUCUUCCCACCAUGUCCUCCUUCUUCUUCUUCUUCUUCCCACCAUGUCCUCCUCCUUCUUCUUCUUCCCACCAUGUCCUCCUUCUUCUUCUUCUUCUUCCCACCAUGUCCUCCUCCUUCUUCUUCUUCCCACCAUGUCCUCCUUCUUCUUCUUCCCACCAUGUCCUCCUCCUUCUUCUUCCCACCAUGUCCUCCUCCUUCUUCUUCUUCUUCUUCUUCCCACCAUCUCCUCCUCCUUCUUCUUCUUCUUCCCACCAUCUCCUCCUUCUUCCUCUUCUUCUUCCCACCAUCUCCUCCUUCUUCUUCUUCCCACCAUGUCCUCCUUCUUCUUCUUCUUCUUCUUCUUCUUCUUCUUCCUCCCAUCAUGUCCUCCUCCUUCUUCUUCUUCUUCCCACCAUCUCCUUCUUCUUCCUCUUCUUCUUAUUAUUAUGUUAG